AUGGCAGCCGUUGACGGGCAGGUGCUAGAAGCAGUACCAUGGGACGAGAUGUUGGGAGCUAUUGGAUACCCCGAAGAGGACAGGGAUCGUCUGGUACAAGCCAUAGGGCUGGAUCAGUUCAAUGACACAGGGACUCACGGUCUUGUCGGCUAUCAUCUCCACGACAGUUGUUGGGAGUUACUAACACACCAUACGAUUGGUGAAGCUGCGAGGCAAAGCUUGGUCUUAGUUGUGAGAAACUUAAAGGACUUCCUGCGGACCCUUGGGAAUAUAUCGAUGGGAUGUGCCCUGUGGAAGGUAAGUAUUCUCUGUGUUGUAGUUCAACCGAUCUCGACAGCGCUCAACGAAGACACGUGCGCGGUUUCACAUUGGAGGCCGUGUCAAUCGUCAACACAACCAGUCAUGGAUUACCUUUCCCCCGACGACGUCGAAGCCGUGCAGAUCGCCAUGAAAUACUACCUCGGCGAUGCUUAUUGGCGCACACGAGUCCCAACAAGUCUAUUUCCCGAGGUCAAAAGUAUCUGGCAUGAAACCCUGGACUGGCAGUUUCUCUGUUUGGAACUCGAAUGGCUUUGGGAGACAGACGACCUAGCCUUUCGACGAUAUGUUCUGGACCGGUUAGAUGAGAUGCAGGCAUCUCUUCGUCAGCUAGCAAACGAGUAA